UGAGACAGAGAGGUUCCGCCGCUGGUGCAGAGAGGACGCGGGGAGCUGAGCGGGACGGGACGGAGGGGAGCCACCAGUCAGCCUCACCAGCCUUUACGGGACCGUGUUUGGUGACGUCACAGUUACGUCAGAGUUCGCUCCGCCCCUUCCCGUUAGCUGUGAUGCCCGGCGCCCGUGUGACAGUAGGGUGUGGGGGCUGGAGCUGAGAGGGGCUCGCGGCCGUGAAGGAAUGUGACCCAGCCCACGCCUGCCUCUCCAAGCUCUCUACUUGUGUCCUAAGAUUGCGAGUGGCGUGUGUGGUGCAUGAAGGUGUGUGUGGAGGACAUUUCCUCGGCGCGUCACGUGCAUUUAACAGUCUAAGAGGGAUUCUACAUCAGUGAUCCUCGCGGGUGCGUUGGAAUGUGGUAGAGGAGGACGCCUUUGCCCAGGUGUGCCCGUGCUACAGUGUGCCCCGUGCUGCCUUGUGCUCCUUGUUACCUUCUCCGCGCCACAGACAUCAACGGCAGAGUGAAAGAAGUUAAGCACUCUGAAAGAAAGGCGAGGGCUUGGAGGAAGCGCGGCUGCGGGGUGGCGGGCCGCGUGAUGGCCCGCAGCACCACCACCGGGACUCAACACUAGCAAGGCAGUAGAGAUGCCUGGGAACGUGCGGGGAGUGGGUGGUGGCGGCUCCCAGAAGCCACCACACGCUACGCCAACACGCGCUAUGUCCCUGGACUCGCUGCAGAUCAAGAAUGCCUCCUGCCAGAAUGUAGACCAGAAGAUUCAGGAGUACAUUCCCACAAGGACAACCAAAGCCACACCCAAGAUAAACCAUGCCGCCAUGCAGUUCGUCAAGAUCUCACCCAAACAUUCACCUAUUUACCAACAGCUCCAGACUGGACCAGCCACCCUUUACAAAUCAGCUCAGGAGCAGAUAAAGAAAGCUGAGGAGGUGAAGGAGCUGAGGAAGACCAUGGUCAAUGAAGAAACGGAGUGGCAGGAGCAGCCCUCCUCCUCCUCCAACCAGAAUACGCUUGAUGAAGGCUCAGAUUGGCAGUCGAACCUUGACAAAUGGAAAAGCUCUCGACGCAAGCGUCUCCAGAAUACUGUUGAGUCCAUCAUUCAGAUCAAGAAGAAUGAACAAGAGGAUGAGAUGAAUCGCAUGCGCAGAAAGAGCAAGACCUUUAGUCAAAUGCAGGAAGACAAGAGCAAGAGAGGACGAAAGUACAACUUGACAAUUCACGACGACGAUGACAAUGACCUUAGCAGCCUUGGUCUCACUCCAAGCAAGAGCAAUGGGUCCAUUACUGACACACAGGAGGAUCAGGAUGCCAAGGAUCUUGAUCAGGACAACAAGGAUGCCAAGAGUGACGCCGGCUUUUGCACCGGCUCAGACACAGGCAGUGAUGGAGUGUUUGCCGAAGACAACAUUAGUGACACAUCUUCUGCCCUGGGUGACAAGAAGGAAGCACAUGACUCUCUGCUGGACACUGGUGGCUCCAAGGAUGAGGAACCACAUCUUAAUGGCCACAGCUCAAGCCUGAUCAGUGAAGUGUUUUCUUCCACUUCUACCACUACCACCUCCUCCAUCUCCCACACAGCGGAGUACACCUAUGAUAAGGCAAUAGCUGGAUAUAAGCAAUAUGCGGAAAACAGUGCCAAAAAGAGGACUUCCAGCAUCACAAGCCUGAACAGCAAUGCCAGCCAUAAAGAGGAGGACAAGAAAGAAAAGCCUCGUUUGAAUGGCCGCUCUCCGAGCCCCAACAAAAGUUCAAAAAUGGAAGAGAAGGUAAACUUCUUCUCAAAAGAAAUGGAAAAGGAAAACAGAAUAAGUCCUGAACCUAGAGUGGUAAUGAGAGAAAAAUCACCCCAGGUCAACAUCAGUCAGAGGAGAUCAAUGUUUGAAAAUGUGGAUCUGUCAACAGUACAGAUUGACCAACAGAAGAUUAACAGAAGGUCUCUUGAUAUUUCUAACUCCCUGAGAAACAAAGUGGCAUCCUUUGAAAAUCUGGACUCAGACCCUCCCUCCAAAGCACGUGGGACUUCUUUCACUCGAGACACAAAUUUGAGGUCUAAAGUGUCUUCGUUUGAAAAUCUGAGCUCAGAGCCAAACAAAAUUCGUGGCAUAACUCCUCCAAGAGAUGCUAAUUUCCAUGUCAAAUUAGCAGCAUUUUCUUCUUCAGAUUCUGACAGUACUCCAGUGAAAAAGAGAACACCUGAAAGGGACAUGAAUUUCCAUAAGAAGCUAGCAUCCUUCAAUGCUGUUGAAACAGAGGAAACUCCACGAGAGCAAAGGACUAUCCCUCAGGGAGACUCAUCCCUGAAGAAGAAAAUAGCAUCAUAUGAGCAGCUUGAACAAGCAGCAGAGUCUUACUCUGGCAGUUCUCGGGAAGAAUCAAUGAAGAGUAAAGACCGAUCAAUGAGUCUGGAGAAUCUGGAUGAACCACAGAUGGAAAUAAAGAUGCGGCCAUCACGCUCAAUGGUGAACAUCAACAGACGUGUCCCAUCCACACCUUACAUGGAGGUGGAGCUUGAGAAUUCGAGGUCAGAAAAGGAGUGUGUUGUAGAAGCACAGCCAGCGGUGAGUUGUCAACAAGAUUCUUCUAAUGUUCAGGAACCGUCCAAACGUACCACUGUCUACGAAACCUUUGAGAAAUGUCAAGUCAGGCGAGAUGUUGAGUCUGCUCCCAUGUAUUCUAUUUUCAAGUACCUCAGCCCAGAGGUCAAUGCUCAAGUAUUUGAAAUUGCCUCAAAACUUGAAGAGACUCCCAUACUAGGCUCACCUAUCGGCAAGGUUCCUUCCAUCCCCCUGACACCCCCACCACCCCAGGAAGACGACUCUUUGGAGGCAGGAAAGCAGUAUACUGAUGCUGACAUCAAUGAGGUGAUAAAUGACUAUGAGCAAGUUGGUGAUGCUGUGGAGGACUCCUCAGCCCAGCCUGAAAACAUCUAUGAAAAUAUAAUAGAUGAGCCCAUGUAUGAAAAUAUAUAUGAAAAGGUUGAUGAAAGUAAAGCCGAGAGCCAAGAGGCUGUGGAAGAACACCAGUACCAGACCCUGGAGGAAGUGAGGCAGGAGGUGGUGCCUCCUCCCCCCCCAGUCAAGAUGCCACCUAUGGAGCCCCCAGAGGUGCUAGAUGUGACGUGGACGGAUGGCCCCUCCCAGGCGGCCCCCCCCUCGGAACCCCCUCCCCCUCCUCCCCCUGAUGAUGAUUCAGACAGCGAUGCGUCUGAGCAGCCGCAGAGUCUGCCGGAGGAGGAUUGCUUCAAGCGAGAAAAUUCCACUCGGCGCUUAAAGAAGGAGCUUUGGAGGCGUAGGUCAGACUUCUUGGGCACAUCUUCCCAGUAUAUUGAGGAAGAACAAGCUGUGAAGCCUCCACCAGACCUCAGUGACUUGCUGAGGCAGGAGCGGGAGGCAGAGCGCAGCCUGAUUGGCUCCAGAACUGCAAAAACCACCACACAGGAGAUGCUGACUGAAUUGGAAAUUGCACGUCGAGAGCGUGAAAUCAUUGAAAACCUGGAACGUUCUGAACAAUUGAAGCAGCAACAGCAGCAGCAGCAGAUAUGGAAGGUCCAGGAGGAGGAUGCAGGGGCUGGAGAGGUGGAUGACCAUCUGCAAUACCAGGAGGUCAAGAAUCCUCUGACAGCUUUAGAAUUGGAUACAGGACCCAAGGUUGCUAACGUAGAUCCUGUAACCUCAACUAACAACACUGAGACCUCCCACUCUGUCACUGAAACCACAAAUGUAGAGCAUGUUCAGACACCUGAUGGUGUUGACUGGACUCAUGCUACCUGUGUGGAAUCUACCAUUAACAUAGAAGAGAGGCAUGCUGAGGUGUUAGAUAAUCGUGUAGCAAAUGUACCACCUGAGCCACAGUUCAGGAUUGCCACUCAGACUGAAGUAGUGGCUGAGGGUGAACUCGGUGAUCACUUUGUGGCCUCCAGCUUCCCUUUGGACUGCACUAUCAACUCUGUUGCCUCUUCUGGCUCUCACCCCGAUGAGUAUAAGAAACUUGCUGAGCUGGAGGAGGAGAUGAUGCGUCAUGACAAAGACAUGCUACGUCGUGUGGGUCACUUGCCCGAGAGGCUCUUGGGGCUGGGCGGGGCAGCUGGGUCGGGUCGGGGCGGGGCGGGUGGGGCGGGCAGGGCAGGGCAGGACGGGACGGGGCGGGACAGUUGA